AUGAGCUACUUUAGAGAGGGCAAUGGCUCGUUGAGGGCGCUAGCGCUGGCUAGAUUAACUCGUGGCUCAAAAGCUCAGAACUCAGGGGACUCCAUUGAUAAACUUCUGGCCUCAUUACCAGUGUCGUUUUCUUCAACUCUAGGGAAACUUUACUCGAUUCCCCUGACCCUUGAUGAGCUCGAGGGUUUGCUUGCAAUUUGCAAAUCGAUACCAUCUGGAGAGCUGCGGGCCCGUUCGUUGCUGAAAAAAUGCAUUCUACCUUAUUUGCUUGCUAGUCCCAAACAAAGGUUCACAGAGUACGUUGUUAACAAGUACAAGCAACGCAAUCUCAAGCAUCCCUCCGAGGUUCUGUGCUUCGAACUCGCGAGGUACGUCAUUAGAGCCACCAGGAUGUUUCCGCAACUAGUGUCAGAGACCAGUCGGAUCUGUGACGAGUACCUACAGGUUGUCUCUAACGGACUGACGUUGGAAAGCCUUCUUUCGCUUGCCGGCUUCAUUGAGGCGUCGAUAUUCGAAAACGGUAACUCUUUGUCCUCGAUAUUAGUGUCUACGUUGCGAACUUUUGUGACCGAGGAUUUUCUUUACGCUGUCGAGAUGACAACAAGAUCUUGUGGUAACAAGGAUCUUUUGAUCUACCACCUUGACCGCAAUCGGGAAAUUUCGUCCUUGCUUUUUUGCGAAUUGAUUCAGAGACUGCAAGUAACGCACGCAUGCCGUCUUCUGGGGGUGCCUGCAGCCGAUAGUUUGGACAGCUACUUAUUGGAAAUGCAACACAUCAAAGUGCAGAAACCCAAAGAGGCACAAUUUGACGAAUUCGAGAGCAGGCUUCAUGAGAAUAGAGAAGAACUUUUGGAGAUGUGUGCCUUCUCUUUUAAACAGGUGACCGAAAUUGAGCAGGGUGCAAAGUACAUUGAUCUUUCAAGCCAAGGCCGGCUCGAACUCGCAUUCAAAUCAAAGGCGUGCAUGCUUCAGAUUCUGUCUGUUGGUAUGUUUUUCGAUUUCGAGGUCGAAGAGUUUACACAGCUUGUCCGAGACUCUGUGGUAGACUUGCCGACGAACACUCACGCUAUGAAUACUACUUUAUUCACAACAAUCGUCAGCGUUGCCUCUCUGCUCAAUUAUUUCACAGAGGCAGUCUCUCCUGAUUUGUUGCGCAUCUUCCCAAUGCUAGUCUCCACGAAAUCCAUAUCAAAUCAAAAGGUUUCGGCUGUUUCGACAACAUUUGCCAAGGGACUGAAGCCCCUCACCGAGGACGCUAUUGUAGGGACAAUCUACACCAUCAAUAACCUGCUUGCGUUAGCGCAGGACGGCGCACCUGUAACAACUAUGAAAGGGCGUCGUCUAACAACAACGUUGGGAAGCGAAAACAAUUUUGACCGCCUUCUCUCUUCUAGGCCUACCAGAUCGAAUACGGUGGGAACUUAUCAAUCUCUCCAAAGGCUCAAGAUCUCGGCAACGCACUUAAUGGGACGGUUCUCUGAUGCUGUUGAUCAGGAAAACAAGUCCAUUUUUGAUGGAAAGGAAAGCGGCAUCGCUACCCACCACGAUGAACUUUUUCACAAUGUAAUUACUGCGACAACGACCAUUGCAUCUAUUUACAAUGAUCAAUCGAUUACCGCGCUAACAAUCACAAUCUUGACGCAAAAAUAUGGUACUGUGUCGCCCGCGCUGGACACGAAGAUACUGAUAGGUUUAGCAUAUUUGGCAUUAAGGGUGAACAAACCGGAGUUCAUGCUUUUGAUGAAAUUCUUCCAUACUGCCACGAACCAUGCAUUAGAGAGGAAAGACUCGGCCGUGAUGAAGAGUGUUAUUGCAGCUAAAACACUACUUUCUCAAGGUCUUUUCGCGGAGAAGCCUCGCGGUCCUCUUUAUACGGUUUAUCUUGGCUACCUGUUGGAUGCAAUUGUUGCUCGUGGUGAUGUAGAUCGCUCGGAGCAUCAUAGGUCACACUCCGAGAUAUCAGAAGUGGCUGGCCAGAUUGCAAUUUAUCUGAAGCCUUUAGCCGCUUUGCUGCCCAAACCUGGUGACAAACCGUUGAAUCUUGACCACGAUGAAACGUUGACUAACACUUUUAGGAAUGUUUGGUUCAAUGCUGUGGUUCAUGGCUUUCACGGGGAGGCGCCUUUAACGAAAGAGCACCUUGACGAGCUGAGAAUAAUUGCUUACAACUCACCACCUCUCGCUUCCGACUUCCCUUCGGUUAAUCGAGAAACAUCACUGGAGAUGAAUACCAUAUUACGGCGUGGUUCUUCAAAUCAUAACAUAAAGGAACAGAAAAAUACGCUGUCCGGAUAUUUACCCAUUAAUUCUGUGCAAGCUAGAACGCUUUCCACUUCAAAAGUCAUGUUUCUGGCAUCAACUCUACUUUUGGAGAAUCUAAGAUGUGACGCUGGUGAUUGCUCAAAAGCCUUAUUGUAUUGUUCUGAUCGCUCUAUAGCCAAAAGCAAUAUUGAUAAAUCUGUGGCAUCCAUAUCGGCGUCGAUGAUCCAAAAGUACACGAAGUUAGCUAUACAGGGAAAUCCUCGUAUUUUUUCUGCUGAGAUGGUUGCGGGGCAACUAACCAACAUUAUCCUGCUUUUGACUCACAGGGAUAUUUCUCUUCAAGAGGCGGCCUACACGUGUUGUGACAAGUUCAUUGAAAGAAUUCCAUCAAGUCUCUGUCACCGAGCCUCACUUUACACCUUGUUGGAUUCGCUGUCUAUGCUUUUUGACAGUGUUGUGGCAUGUGAGGCAAACAAGCAUGAGGUCGUCUUCGAUUUCACGUUAAAACAUUCCAAGCGUAAGGUGACACUACCAGACUCAUAUCAAUGGCGAUCUGUGACGUUAGAACAACUUCAAAAAUACGCUACGCGGUGGGUGACUGUGAUUUUGAAGACUGCAAAUCAGGACGCCAAAAUUUUGCUCCAGUCUUACAUCUCGGACUUUAGCAGCAUUCAAAGACUUAACGGUGUCGAAUUUGGCGUAUCCUUCGCUCUUGAGAUGGCUGCUAAAAUUUUGCCCGUUGAUCGAGAGCUUGCAAGCAUUACAAAGAGCGGUUACCGCAGGCCCGAUAGCAUCUCCGGUUUCUUGUCGCAACAUGCAUGGAGAUCACGCUACAUGAGAGAUCAAAGCGUUUUGUCUUCCUAUCACGACGUCGAAGUGGAAAGGUGCGAACUCAAGAAGGCAAUUGAGGAAAAGCUGACAAACAGCAAGUCGAUUAAUUACAACGACCUUAGUACAUUUCUUGACUUGUCUGCCUCCCUACUUGUUUUGAAAAAGGGCAAUGCGGCCACUUUAGUGUACGAUAUCGUUAACGUUCCUUUUCAGGUCUCUACUUCUGAUGCGAUCAAAAUUGCGACAAAUGUUUGGCUAUCUGUGAUGAAAGAGCGGAGCGACAUUUCGUAUCUACUACUGUCUGAGAUUGCUAAUUGCUGGUCUUAUUCCAUUGAGAAUAGUGAAGGUCUUUUCUCUAGCAAGCAUAACCUUAAAGCGGAGGACUUUAACAUGAUGGAGUAUUCACCCUAUAAUAAAAAGGAAGUCAACCUGGGCGCACAUAACGCUAGCAAGUCCCUGCAGCCCCAUAUGCUGAUCAUUAGGUUUCUUACUUCUCAUUUUGAAGGAACGAUGUUCGACAGCUUGCAUCUGCUUCAGAUUUUUACUAAAAUCUGCAUUCAAGGUCUGAAAGGUCUCAAAAAGGCGAGCUUGCACCCUUUUUCUAGAAUGGCUAGAAGUGAGCUCAUUAACUUCGGCAUCUUGGUGUUUGCAACCAAUGCCAAGCAUAAUACGCGCGAGGUCCCCAAAUUAGGGCGCACUUUGGUUGAUGGUGCCCUGGGCUGGUUUGAAAAACCCAAGUCUUGGCCGUUCGGAGCGAACGAACUAAAGAUCAGAGCCGACUUGGCCAUGCUUGUGGAACUCUACAAAAAAUUGAAACAGAAUGAACAGACCCUCAAUGCCUAUCGUGGCCGGGAACUAACUCUGUUACAGUAUUUUUUGCUCAGUGAAAUACAUGCGGUCGAGGGUUGGCUGCGCCCAUUGGCAAAACCUAUGGACUAUACAAAGUUACCAGUGGAUUUGAUUUCCUUCGCCUUCAAAAAGAGUCCGUCAUUGGCGGUCAACCUAGCAGAUCGCUACCCUGCUAAAAAGGCAGAAGAUUUGUUACAGCGGUUGAUCGUCGAAAAUCCACUACUUUGCGUGCAUACGCCAAGAACACUGAAGCCAUUUUUAAGUGCGACAAAAAGAUUCCAUUAUAUUUUAUACUGGAUUUCUGCAAGUCCAUUGCAGUCCAUUAAUUUGUUUCUCCCACAGUGGGCUCAAAACACUUAUGUCGUUCAGUACAACGUCAGAGCGCUAGAAUCGCAUGAUGUAAACUUGACAUUCUUCUACGUGCCUCAAAUUGUUCAAUGCUUGAGAUGGGAUCCUUUAGGGUACGUUGAGCGAUUCAUCAUUGACACGGCAAAGAUAAGCGUGCUAUUUUCACAUCAAAUCAUAUGGAAUAUGCUGGCUAACAGCUACAAAGACGAUGAGGGGCAGAUCCCAGAUGACUUGAAACCUAGUUUGGACCAGAUUCAAGACAAAAUAGUCAAGGCCUUGAGCCGUAAACAGAGAGACUUCUACGAACGCGAGUUCGAAUUCUUCAAUGAAGUUACCGGUAUUUCAGGUAAACUAAGACCGUACAUCAAAAAAACGAAGGCCGAGAAGAAGCAUAAGAUCGACGAAGAGAUGAGCAAGAUCGUUGUGCGAGACGAUGUAUACCUGCCUUCGAAUCCCGAUGGGGUUGUGGUGGAUAUUGAUCGGUUGAGUGGCAAGCCUCUGCAAAGCCAUGCCAAGGCACCCUUCAUGGCCACUUUCAAAAUCGAGCGAUUGGAGCUGGACCCUGAGACUGAGGAGCGCCGCAAAGUGGAAAAAUGGCAAGCCGCAAUUUUCAAAGUUGGUGAUGACUGUAGACAGGAUGUGCUGGCAUUGCAGCUCAUCUCUCUCUUCCGGACCAUCUGGUCCUGUAUUGGACUGGACGUUUAUGUGUUCCCUUACCGAGUGACAGCUACUGCGCCGGGAUGUGGUGUCAUCGACGUGUUGCCCAACUCUAUUUCGAGAGACAUGUUGGGAAGAGAGGCUGUCAAUGGUCUGUAUGAGUACUUCAUCACCAAAUUCGGGCACGAAAACACCGCUGAGUUCCAGCACGCCAGAAACAACUUUGUCAAAUCGCUAGCUGGAUACUCUGUCAUCUCAUACCUGCUGCAAUUCAAGGACCGACACAACGGUAACAUCAUGUACGAUGACCAGGGUCACUGCUUGCACAUCGAUUUCGGGUUUAUUUUCGACAUUGUUCCUGGAGGCGUCAAGUUCGAGGCUGUACCUUUCAAGCUCACCAAAGAAAUGGUGAAAGUUAUGGGUGGCUCACCCGACACACAGGCCUACAGGGAGUUCGAAGAACUGUGUAUUAAGGCGUACUUAGCUGCCCGUCCUCACGUGAAUAUGAUUCUGGAGUGCGUGCGGCCCAUGCUCAGCAGCGGGCUGCCGUGCUUCAAGGGCGAGAAGACCAUGCGCAAUCUCGAGGCGCGUUUUUCGCCCGAUAAGAGUGAGCACGAGGCAGCUGAUUUCAUGCUGGGCCUGAUCAAGAAGUCCUACGAAAGCGUUUUCACACGAGGCUACGACGAAUUCCAGCGUCUAACGAACGGUAUUCCCUACUAA